AUGGCUUCGUCACUUGCGGAACUCGGCCUGCUACCAACGUACGCAGCGCAAACCCAAGAGCAAUACGUCGGUGUCGCGAUGGCUUGUUUGUGUGUAUGGGAUCACAUCAUCUCAUUCGACGAAGAAGUGAGACUCGUAUGGAAGUCGUCUGGGUGGAACUUGGUCAAAGUCUUGUUCCUUGUCAUUCGGUAUGGCACGACCGUUGGAUAUCCACUGGGCCUCUACAACGUCUUUGAGCGUGCAGACACACCUCACAUCUGUCAAGCCUUUCGUGUUAUCACGGCAUUGUUCCUCACUCUGGGACACCUCGUCCAAGCGAUACUGUCCUUGCGCGUUUGGGCACUAUACAACCGUCAUCGAGGAGUUGGUGUAUUGCUGUUCGCCAACUUUCUCGCCGUCCUUAGCAUCUCGCUCGCGCUUACUAUCAAGUAUCUCUCGCAAAGCCCUUCUACUCCGCCGGUGGUAGCCGAAGGCUCACCCCAGCUCGUUGGAUGUUUGUUGCGAGAGGUUCCAGGUUACUUUGGCACUCUGGUGGCUGCACUGGUAUCCGAGACCAUCGUAGUAUUGAUGACCAUCUGGAAAGUACUUCGGCACAUGCGUCGAGAGCGCCGAGUACCAAUUUUUGGUCACCUCCUUUCGUCAGGUGUAACAUACUACGUUGCAAUGCUGGUUGUUCUCAUGCUGAAUAUCUUGACCAAGCCCUUUCCCGUGCUACUCAUUCCGAUCAUGUCCUCGAGUCCUACAGUCCGUCGCAUGCUGUCGCAUUGUUCUCAGUUUGUUGCGACAGGGCAAAAGUUGAACAAGUGCGCCCCCCUACCAGCACAGGAAGAGUCUGUCCUCAUCGACGGCUUUCUCACCAUCCCGACUGGUCUGUACACAAAGGAGAUGAUGUUAGAUUGGGAUUAUGGUCUCCCACCAUUGGAGAUGGCAGAUAGUACCUACGAAGACGCGUUUAGUAUGCUAUCCAUGACGGCCAUCGAAACGCGUUCGGUGAUAGCACAGGUGUGA